AUGCCGAAGACUUCGCACGAUAUUCAAAGCCAGAGCCAGGUCUCUGAGGGCGAGCUACGAAGCAUCAGAAGUGAGGAACAGAUCCUUGCACACUUUGGCAAAAGACAACAGUUAAAGGGCUUGCUGACAUUGUUAGGCGUGGAUGGUGCGACACACAUGGCCGAAGAGAUCGAGGACGCUUCCAUCGUGAUUCCCCGAGCGCUGAUCAUCACGGUAUUGAUCAACGGAGCAAUAGGAUGGGCAGCUUUGGUUGUCGUGUUCUUUUGUAUGGGCAGCAUUGACGGCAUUAUGGAGAUGUCUGGUGGUGUCGCAUUCGUCUCCAUGUUCUAUUCCGUCACACAAUCAGUCCCGGGAGCUUCAGCAUUGGUCAGUAUGCCCACCGGCUCUCGUGCACCUCCUCGGCAAGUACUUAUCGUGCCUUCAUAG